CAGUUGUCAUAAUUUGUAUGAUUUUGUAGGUUAUAAACGCUACCUCCUUAGUACUUAGUAAAUAGUAGGUACGUUUUUACAACAUACUAUAUCAAACUAUUUAUAGUUUAAAAGUGAAGGGAUAAUAUCAUAAUAAAUAUGAGUAGUAGUGACGAAGAUUCAAAUCAUUCAGAGGAAGAGCAAGGUCAAGAAGACGAUGAACGUCUGACUAUAAAAAACGAGAUAUCUUCAUUGUCCUUUGAAGCUCUUCAAAAAUUAAAAGAGAGAAUAGGUGCAAAAGUUUACAAGGAAGUAAUUUUUGGAGAAAAUAAAAAUUCUAAAAAGGAACUUAAGAUUUUCAAACGUGAAAAUAAAAAUAGGCCAAGAGAGAUGAGCUCAAAGAAACCUGUUCCAAUGUUACAAAAUGUUGUUCCUGUAAAAAAAAAAGAAGUUCGAGAUCCAAGGUUUGAUCCGUUGUGCGGUAAUUUUGAUAAAAAAGAGUUUUCUAGUAAUUAUGGAUUUCUAUCUGAUAUUCGAGUAAAUGACAUAAAAGCUAUAAGGGCUGAAUUAAAACAGACAACUGAUCCCGACAAAGAGAAAGAACUGAGACGACUACUUCAAAGACUAAAUGACCAAGAAAAAGCUAAAAAGAGGAAUAAAAUACAAAUGAACAACUUAGAAGUGGAAAAACAACAUGUAGAAAACAAGUUCAGAGAGGGAAUACAGCCACAUUUCAAAAAUAAGUCGGAAUUACGAGUUGAGUCGCUAGUGAAACAAUAUGAAGAAUUAAAGAAGGAAGGAACGGGUCGGAUCCAGAGACAUUUAAAGAGGCGACAACAGAAAGUCAAGAAGAAAUCAUUCAAAACACCUAUUGUAGGCAGUUAAUAUUGUUCUUGAUUCUGGAUAAGGAUUUUGUUAGACCAAAGCUGAAAAACAUCCGCUAAGAGUUGAAUUCUUAAUGUUUACCAGCACCUCAGAAUUACUAUACCAACUUCAAUAGACUUCUGUGAAGUUUUUGGUAACAACAUUUUCUAAUACAUUUUUAGUGAUUUGGAUUAAACAAUACUGCCAAUGUUAAUGACAUUUUUAAUAUGACUUUAUUGUAUGACUGUCAUAAAUAACAAAAAUAAAAAUAUUUUCAAAAGAUACAUGUAAAACUUUUAAUAAAGUAUUUAAUUGAA